UCUCCUGACAGCAACCACAGUCAUACUCAUAGUGAACACUACCGACUGCAUAACAAGCACUGUCUGUCGGUGUCAGAUCGAGUAGAUCUACUCGUACUAAACGGGGGCCACUAGCACUGUAACCAGUCCAGGCAGCCGGUGCAACAAAUCAAUACAUAAUAGUGAAUGGGAAUCAUGGACCCUCCAUUGGCAUUGCCACUGGCCGCGCACACAUCCAUGUCGGUUAGUGUCGGGUUUGCAACUCUUACUAGUCUUAGACCGAAGGCCGAGUUUGCCGGAGUCUGGCGGAGUAUGUAUAUCGAUAUGAAGAGCACGGCUGCAGACCCAGACUUUCACCAGCAGCAAGAAGGUGAUGCACAUAUGCUGCUGAACACCGGACAUGGAACACAUGCCAAACCUACAUGUACAUGUAGCUCCGGUCGGGCAAGAGGCCAGAAGACACAGCGAUCUUGCCAAUGCGGAUACCCUGCCAACACGCCGCACUGCAGUUACACCAUGGUCAUUUUGGGCAUUGUACUUGGCACUGGCUGUCUACUGCUGCUGAUGGUGUUGCUGCAACGUUGCCGGGACAAUGCGUCCCCUAAUCACAGCGGUUCCCAUGACAAUGGGGUCCAAUAUACGCUGAAUCAUUCCCAAGCCAACAGCAGCACAUACACGCCGCAGGGCGGAGUUCUGAAUGCGAGCGACUUUCAAAGCUGGAUCAUGCACUCAUCGCGGACAUUCUCUUCACUGAUCCUGAUCCAGGGUAACUACUCAGUGAGUGCUACAGCUGGUUCUGCGCAGCAGCAGCAGCACAACUCCCAUCUGUAUCUGGAAAUGCUGCAAGACGUUCAGCUAGACAUGUCCGGCGUUCAUCUCUUCCUUGAAGACAGGCACAAGACCGCGCUCUACGUCAGCAAACUUCGGAACGUGACAUUUCGCGGUGUGUCGCUCCACUACACUAUAUUCCCGACAAAUCAGGCAUACCUUCGCGCUAUCUCCACGGACGGCAAGUCCUUGGACGUCCAAGUGAUGAAGGGAUACCCAUUGGACGACUGGAGAAGUGGACAAGCGUUUCCCUGCUACGUGUUCGACUCCGUGUCACGUUGGUGGAAACCCAACACUACAGACAUGUACCCGUUGAACGUGACUGGUCUGCCGGGUGACGGUGACAUGUUUCGAUUACACUUCCCUGGGCCUGUUGGCCCCGACCAGCAGGACAUUGCCGUGGGUGAUCCCAUUGCUUGUCGUCAGCUGGGUGGGUCGUUUGUGAUACACACGCAAGAUUCACUUGGCAUUCACUGGUCAGAUAUCACGCUCUAUGGUGGACCCUCCUUCGGUUUCUUUGAAGGGUUUGCGGAGAACGAGCCGGUAGCGUCGUCAACUGGCAACACUUAUACACACUGCAGUGUGCGCCGCCCCGAGAUGCCCAGGGGAGCUACAGACGGUGCACUGUUGUCUACGAGUGCCGAUGGCUUCCAUAGUGCCGGUAUGCCGAUCGGGCCGACUGUGAGUAACUCCUAUUUUGAAGGCAUGCCUGACGAUGGCAUUGCGAUUCACGGUCACUUUUCGCUGAUCGCUGGUGCUUUCCCCGUGAACAACAGCAUUGUUGUCGCUAACCAACAUGGUCAUGUGUUUUAUGGUGUUGGAAACGUGCUGCGCAUCUACGACAUCGAGUUCAGACCUGCCGGUGUCGCGACGAUCGUGUCUGUGACCGACAUAACACAACACUAUCACGUGCCACAUACAAGGAGCCGCACACUGUGGAAGCUGAACUUGACUACGUGUGCUUUUAUGUUGGUGCAAGUGCGCGAGGCAUUGCCAACCGGCUGCGGGUUCGACUAUAUCGUAAGCAGUCCGAAUCGCACCGGCAAUGGGUUUCUACUGCAAGGAAAUCACAUCCACUAUCACCGAGCACGUGGUAUGUUGAUUAAGGCAAGCGAUGGAACGAUCCAGGACAACAUUGUGGAAGGCAGCACAAUGGCCGGAUUGUUGAUGACACCGGAGCUCUAUUGGGGAGAAGCUGACUACGUUCACAACAUUGUUGUGGAGAAUAAUACUUUCAUCAGUAUAGGAUACACAAUCCAGGGAGUGGCCGCAUUGGCAAUUGGUGCUCUCGAUGCUAAUCGACACUAUGCUACGGGCUACGGGCACACAAACAUAAGCGUGAUUGGCAAUCGUUUCCUGAACAACAGCAACGUCAACAUGUGGAUAACGUCCGCGGAUACGGUGCGUGUACAGGACAAUGUUUUCAUCAAUGCCUUCCAACACCCACCCUGGGCAGACUGUUGCUUCCCGCUCAUCCCACACACAAACCUGGUGUGGCUCAGCGAGUCCAAGAACAUUGUCCUGGAAAGGAACUGUGUCUCAGCGGCAGGACCAAGCAUGACAAAAAUCCUGAACGCCACCGCCUCCGUGUCUGGGUCUGGCCUGGCAAAUGGGAUAACAAGGAAGACAAGAUGCUAGAGACAGUUUGUUCCUAGGCUUAGCACGUCACUGCUGCUGAAUUAUAACUGCUAUGUAAAAGACUCUUUUAUGGGCAAAAUAAACGCAAUGAAUAUAACAUUAAUCGAGCCAGAAAUAGUCCAGGGUUACAGUAACAGGUAUCAUAUGUAUACUUCAAAUAGAAAGUUACCCUGAAACCAACAUGUGAGUAGCACUCGCCCCUCGUUUCAGCCGACAGAUGAGCAAUGCGUUUGUAGAGUGUCGUUGGCACCGGACCCAUUCCGCCACUGGCUCAGUGACAUGACCGCCGGAACAAACGAGGCUUGCUCAGCCUGCCUCACCCUCUCCUCAUAGUCAUAGUACCUUCUCUUUUCUCUUUCUGAAGUAUUAUUUUUACUUCACCAAUCUGAACAGGCAUUGCUGCCUUCUUGCCUGGACAAUUUACAAAUGUCCAAGCUCUCACAAAAUGAUGAAGAAAGGAAAGAAAUAAUUAUUACAUGA